CACUUCGUAGAGCGAGACGAUCCGGAAAAAUAACAUUAUACGAUGGGAUUUGGCAGCGUGGAUUGAAUUACUUAAUGUUAAAAUGUAUAGUUUCAAAACCGCAUAAACAGACGCGUCCGCUGCCGGGGAAGAACACGUUUAUUCUUAUGCAAAAAGGUUAAGAUGUCAGUAUGGGUGGCACUUCUAACUUUGGCACACUUGGGCCAAGGAGCGGACUGCCUGUAGUUGUGCUUUGCCUGGCAGCUCUCCUCUUUGCCAAUAUACUGCUGUAUUUCUACUUAGAUGCCCUGUAUGAGGACACUAGUCCUCCCUCAGCACUCAAGAGGUGUCCACCUAGCCACUUUAAAAUCGGAACUAUGACCACAUGUACCCCUUGCCUCAAGUGUCCAGAAAUUCAUGCUGAGGUACGACGAGUUAAGCUCAUUGGACAGGGAGCUGUAAAAAAGGUCUAUUUGUCAGAAUGGCAAGGGCAGAAGGUCGCUCUCUCGGUCUUGUCGUCUCAGGACUAUAAAGAUGAUUUCCUCCAUGGUGUGUCAAUGCUGCGUUCCUUGCAGAGCGUCCACGUUGUAACGCUUGUAGGUGCAUGUGAGGAAGAAGGUAUGUUUGUUACAGAAUACCAUCCUUUUGGAUCAUCACUGACCCUCGACGUCACCCUUGCCGAAGAACGAUAUCGCUGGAGAAACUCAUGGCAUACACGGCUGCAGUUGGCGAUAGACUACGUUGCCUUCCUGGCGUACCUGCACGCCAGUCCGGUGGGCAUCCGUGUGAUGUGUGACUCCAAUGACCUACACAAAACUCUCAGCCAGUUUCUUCUUGCAUCUGACAUGCGUCUGUUGGCCAACGACCUCGAUGCACUUCCUGAGGUAAUAAGGGCACAUCGAGGAGUGAAGUGUGGCCACCAUGAGAUAACCGGAGACUUUGUUGCUCCUGAGCAGUUGUGGCCCCACGGGGAGGAUGUGCCGUUUUCAGAUGGACUCAUGCCUGACUAUGAUGAAAAGACAGACAUCUGGAAGAUUCCAGAUGUGACACGGUUUUUAUUGGGGAAUGUCCUAGAAAGUGAUGUCAUCCAUUUUCAUUUGUUUCAGAUCCACACAGAGUGCAAGAAAAAAGAUCCCAAGUUGCGGCCCACUGCGCUUGAGGUCCUCAGUGUUUAUCGCUCUGUCUAUGACAGCAUUCUAGAGAGUCAAUCUCAGAGAGUUCGAGAUAUGUUAUAAGAGAAUUAAUGGCGUCUUAUGAUCAUUAGGUCUGAGAGAGUGAUACGUCUUUAAAGAUGGGGUUUGUGAUUUCACGUUGACAUAAUGUGGAACUGAGAAGUGUUGACACGAACAUUUGUCAUUGAUAAAUAGAAAUAACAUAAAACAUGUCGAGCUGCAGCAUAUCAGGGUUUCUGAUAGUUACAGCUCCAAAUUUAUUCUUUAGAAGUUUUUUAAGGUACUGAUGUAAGUGUUCUUCAUUUAAUUUUAGGAAUAUAUCAAUAGAUCGUUCUUAACACUGCAAUUUCUCUUUCUCUAAAUUGGACUUUAAUAAAAUAGAAAAAUUCAAGAACA